AUAAAGUUAGACGAUUCAGUUGGUGCCAAACACGACGAGUUUCGGCUGCGGCCGUUCUACGGUCCCUCAAUUUGUUGAACAAUCGGGGAUCUCAAAAGCAUUUCCCCGGCCAACAAUUUAGCUUUUCCCAACCGUUGAGCUACUGCUGUCAUUUUUGAAUUGACUAGAAAGUUCUGUCCUCGUCAGUUAAAAAAAAAAAUAAAAUAAAUAAACUGGGUUCUAUUAUUGUUAUUGUGCGCCAUAUAUCAUUGCCAACAGUUCAUGUGUAGCGGUGGCCCGUCAAUCUCCCAUUUCUCGUUUCCUCUGUUGCUCUACUUCGUUAUCGCCACACAUCCGUUUCGAUGUUGCUACCAACACGUUCUGUGGCCGAGUUUCACAAGUCACUCACUAUGGCGUUGAACGCAGAGUCGUGUAACAUUGUCACACGUCUUCAAAAAUUGUAGCUUCCCCCAUCAUCGGUCGUGACUGCUGUACACCCAACGGGAAAAAGAAUAAAGAAGGAUCGCUGUCUAUUUCCGACAUCUCAAAGUGAGGCCAGGCGCCGUGCCGUUUCCACAGGAUGGCAAUCACGCAGUAUUUUUGCGCUGUUCUCUUCGUGUUGGCUGCUUGCUUUCCGCGUAGUUGUUUGAGCAUUCAAUGUUACCAAUGCGGGGCAGAUGACGGUGACGCCACCCUUUCCUGCGACAUCUUCGUCAAGGCGCCAAUGUGGCGCCAGUUUGAAGUCGAAUGCCCUACGUCACCGGCCCACCUGUGCGGCAAAACUAUUACCUACUACGAAGACGGAUCUGAGCCAAGUGAAGUAAGAGGAUGCGCUCCCGCUGAGAAUGCUUUCCAGGUACCCAACCGGAUGGGAUGCGGGCGCGAUGAUGGCACGGACCAAACCGUUUUUUGCCUUUGUGGCACAGAUUUGUGUAACGGCGCCAAUCGUCUGGCGGCUUUACCUUCGAUUACAUUCGCCUUUGUGUUUGUGCUCAACUAUCUCAUUCUACGCACGUUCCUUUUUUCUUGAUGGGACACGAAGAAUUUUUGUGUGUGUGUGUGCCUUUGUGAUAUAGCAGUGAAUCGUCAAUACAUUUUGUGGCCGAA